AAAAGAGAAUAUAAAAAACGUGUUGAAGAAUAUUUGUUCUUUUGACAGUUGAUUGAACUAAGAUAAAAUGAGGUAUAAAAAGGCAAAAUACUUAUUCGCAAGAUACUUUGACAAAGCUUACUAUUAGAAAGCGAGCAGGCAUACAUUUUUAUCGGAGUUAGUGACCAUUUAUUUUGAUAAGGUAUUUUUUAUAAAUAACGAUUGUUUUCUUAAUAGAAAUAUGCUAAGAUACGCGUUUUUUAUCACACUUCUACUGUCAAAUGAGUAUGGACGGGUCAGUUGUUCUGUACAAGCAGCGACUUUCCUCGGUGGUUUAAAUACUAACAAUAAAAUAUGCGUUGAUACUGAGAAAUAUUCUGAAGUAUCCACAUUGAGUAAAAUACAUUGUGCACAUCUAUGCGAAGGACAACCAACAUGUACAAGCGUAUUUUACAGUACUAUCGCAGCGAUAUGCACGCUUUGCAGAGGAAACGAUAAUUUACAAGAUCAGGCAGGAACCUUGUUUUACAUCAAAGAAAUUAACAUUGAAGGGAAAAUGUUCCAGAUACACUCAAAGGAAAACAACAGAUUUUGGCAUUUCGACGGAGGUCAUCAGAUUCUAAAAGUUGUAACAGCCUUAUGGCAACCAACUGAUAAUUUUGUAAGAUUUACUUUUGAGAAGCAGACGGACGGAUCAUACAAAAUAAAGUCGGUUGCUAUGCCACGAUACAUAUACGAUGGGUAUGAUGUGCCCGGUGCGCGUGGUAUAUAUCUAAAUGGUGACGACCAAACUGAUGACGAUCAUAUGCGAUACUUUGUAACCCUGGAAAUACCAGGCUACUACAGAAUCAAAACAAAAGCAACAAAUCGAUACGUUCGGCUUGACCCGGACAAUUACGUAUCGUCAAUAUACAACAUGGCAGACAACAGGUCCUUAUUUAAGCUGGUAGAGGUGUAAACCCAAAGGAAUACGUAACUGUCAUAAAUGGCUGAUUAAAAAUAAACAACUUGCAUUAAAAAAUAUUGAUAAGAUAUUUUACUCAUUUUAUGAGUAAUUUUAAACAAAUCAAACACAUCUUAUCAAAUUUUUGAAAAGAAUAAAUAUGUACGUAGUGUCAAGCAAUUGAGACGUGAUGUUUUUCAGUAAAAUGCACCAUUCUGUUCCAUGUAAUACAUCAACAUAUUUUAAUAUUUGCGAUUUCUGUAAUAUUUUCUACAAAUAUGAACAGGAUUUAUCUUAGUUGAAAUGGACAAUCGUCUUAAUGCUUAAUUACUAUGCAUUUAAAACCUAUUUUGUUUUAAUAAGCCUGUGUUGACCCUUCAAAUAAAUCUUUUAUUUUUCUAUGUUAUUAUGAGAAAAAAAUGGAAAGGAGAGGGACCAACAGUGCUUAUUUUUAAUUAGAAUCAACCUAUGUUGCCGUGUAUUGUAACACCCCGGAUCUAAAUAACUAAAUAUUUAUAAGGACAACACACCAUCACAUUUCAACGUCAUAAACAUGUAUUUAACCCGAUUAACAAGAUAUUAUUGUUUAGUGUGUGUGUAUAACUAAAAUCAGAACGAAACUGCCAAAAAUACAACAACAAUAUUUAACUUUAUAUAGGAAUUUCUCUUACGCAAAAUAUUUAAGUAGGUUAUAAUUUCCAAAUGAAUUUUGCGCUUCCGGACAGUUGCCAAUUAAAUAGCAAUUAUAAUCAUUUACAUUAUUGGUAUAAUCGACGAAAUUCAUAAAUUAACUAAUUGGAAUGGUAUUUAACCUAUCCUACUCGCGUUUCUGGUGACAAUUGUUACCUUUUGUUGUUAAUAUCCGCCCACUAGCUAGCGAUGUAUAAUUGUUGAUUACCUUAAGGCUUAUUAGUGUUUCCUACCGCUAUCGUACAGUCGUUCAACGGCUCUUUUGUUCUG